UAUUUUGUCUCCGACAUCAUCUUCUUUCAGCGUGCUGACAGGACUUGCUGCGCUAGCUCGCCGUGGCGUCGAAGUUGCACCUUCGAACGUUCGUCGUUAACCAAUAGCGCUGAGGCUGAUAAGAACUUCUUGUUCGCGAGAUGCAGCAGUGAGGCCGUUCCAUUAAUCGGAACAUCUAUCUGUUUACUUUCUUGAAACCUCCUGAAUUUGUUUGUACUUCUCACUACUUUUAACUUUAGCCUUACCAUGGCGUGCGAGAGAGAGAGUUCCGUUGCGCCACGUCUAGGUGGAAAUACUGCGCUUGUAACAUUCGUUGCAGUGAUUUUCGCUUUUGUUGGAGAGACCCGACUCACACAGUAUGUCCAGACAACACUGGGUUACCAGCACUCAUUCUUUCUAUUUUACGUCGUGCAUUCAUCAUUCGCGAUAUCUUUUCCAUUGCACCUCGGAUAUCUCCUCCUGACGACCCGCCAUUCCCCUCGUGCUCUGCUAUCUGGAUUAUCUAGCGCUAUCACCGCUCAGUUGACACCCCAAGAUCCAAGAAGCAUCCGCUCUUCACAAUUUCCUUUGUCUCGAUUUCUGGUCGUGAUCCUCACCAUGACUGCUGUCUACAGUAUACCUGCCCUGCUGUGGUUUAUUGCUGUCGUAUAUGCCCCUGUCACCGACGUCACUGCCAUUUGGAAUGCUAAUGCCUUCUUCGCCUACGUCUUUAGCGUCAAGCUGCUGAACCUGAAUUGGAGUCUUGUUCGGAUGUGUGCUGUUUGCCUCGCCACUGCUGGAGUGCUCACUAUCGUGUAUGGCGACAGCACACCGUCAAGUACAACCGCAGCUAUGACUGUCGCCCUAACUCCUUCACCUUUCUUUGGCGACAUUCUGACUCUGGUUGCAUCCGUGAUAUACGGUCUGUACCAAGUUCUUUACACGAAGUAUGCAGCGCUGCCAUCAGACCCGAAGCUAGUUGCCGAGUCUGCGCAUUAUACCCAUGUCCCAGCUUCGGCGGAGCAGGCUGACGAUCAGGAGAUAGUAUCACCGCCUCUAGUCACCAAUAAUGAAUUCGCGUAUUCACUUCCAUUCGGCCUUCAUCCUAAUUUCCUCACCGCGUCCAUCGGCGUGUGCACCUUGUUCGUGUUUUGGGUACCCCUUCCUGUGUUGCAUUACUACGGUAUUGAAGAGUUUGCGCUUCCAUCCGACAUGGUGACCUUCGCUGCGAUUGCAGGAAUCUGUGCCACUGGCGUUAUAUUUAACGCAGGCUUCAUGAUCUUGUUGGGAGUCUGGGGCCCGAUAGUUACUUCCGUUGGGAGUCUACUUACAAUCGUCCUUACACUCAUUUCGGAUUUGAUGUUAGGCUCCGUCGGUUUGACUGCCGGGGGAUUACUGGGAGCAGGCAUGAUUGUAGGGGCUUUCGCGGUGCUUGCUUAUGAUGUGUUCCAGAGUUGACAGUAUUUUAAGUUAUACAAUAGAGCGAGCUUGGUUGAUACUCAUCAAUCUUAGAGUUUUCCCUUUGCAUAAUUUGGCGAACACCGAGAACGUCACGCGUCACCGUUCACUUGGACACAUCCCGUUGGUCCAAGUCACUAAAUUAGAUCUUUCGUGU